CGAAAGAACUUACUGCUCACCGUCGAGUCGUCGACAAUGGCACGGCUUGGCACGUGGUAGUAAACUAGUAAAGUAAUUCAGAUUCAGCGCAUAAACCCUAAUCAUUUCGUAGUUCAUUCGCUGCUUUCAGUGGGAAUCACAGGAGCUGCCGCCGGCGGAGACUUCUCCUCUACUUAUGAUGGCGAAGUCUUUCGUAAAUGUGGGUUUCGCCUCAGCACUGGAAAAAAUGGCGACCACCAGGCUCGGGAGCAUUCUGUAUGUAAUCCCAAGUCGGUUUCUCUCAAAUGCGGCGCCUUCUUCUUCAUUUACCGUCGACUACCUCGUCAAGUCAUGCGGCCUUCCCAUGGAAUCAGCUCUCAUCGCUUCAAGGAAGCUCCAGCUCGACGCGAAGAAGAACGGGAAGCCCGAGUCCGUACUUCAAUUUCUUAGAUCCCAUGGUUUCACCGAUGCCCACAUAUCCACAUUGGUUCAGAAGCGCCCCACGGUUCUCCAUUGCAGAAUAAGCAACAAUCUUGGGCCUAAGUUCGAGUUCCUCAACAAAGUUGGAUUCGUGGGUAAACAACUUCCUGACCUAAUUGUGUCCAAUCCUUUACUUGUCAAGAGCUCUUUAGAUUCUUACAUUAAGCCAUCCGUUGAGUAUCUGCUCUUGCUUCUCGGUAGUUCUGAUAAAAUCAUGUCCACAAUUAAGCGUUCCUCGUGGCUGCUGAGCUAUGAUUUGAAGGGAAACAUGCAGCCAAAUAUAGACUUCUUGUUAGGUGAAGGAAUUCCUAGGGCCUAUAUUGUGAACAUGGUUUCUGCUCAUCCGAGAUUCAUAUUGAUUAAGCAGUCCAGGAUGGUCCAAGCUGUAAGUACUUGUAAGAAGUUGGGGUUUGAACCCAAAUCGCGAAUGUUUUUGCAUGCUCUGAGAUCUGCACUGUCAAUGAGUGAUGCGACCAUGAAGAAGAAAAUCGAAGUAAUGAAGAGUACGGGGUGGACUGAAGAGGAGAUCUUGUCUGCAUUUAGGCGGGACCCGCUUUGCUUAUCUUGCUCCGAGGAGAAGAUCAGGAAUGCAAUGGACUUUUAUGUCAACACUAUGAAGUUGAAACCUUCGGUUGUAAUCAAGUAUCCGAAGUUGAUCAUGCACUCGAUUGAGAAAAGGAUGCGCCCUAGGUAUAAUGUCCUGCAGAUUUUGGUGUCGAAGAAGCUGAUUUCUGAGACCAAGCUUUGCUGGCAGCUAACUAUACCUGAGAACAAAUUUGUUCAGAAUUUUGUAAUGAAGUACGAAGCUGAUGUCCCGGGAUUGUUUGAGAAGUACGAGGCUUCCAAAUUGGCGAAAAGGAAGGAUCAUUGAUUGCAGAAAUUGAGCCUGCAUUUUUUACUUGUGAGUUGUUGCUUGAUAUAUUUGUUCUGUUUUAUCGUUUAAUUGUUGAUUAGGCAGUUAAGUGUUCUUCUAUUUGUUAUCAUAUUGAACUGAAAUCUUAGCUGUCAUGCUUGUUAUCCUUCCUAAUUUCUGUGUUCACUCGGUAACCUGUGGGACACUCAUUGAAGAGUUGAGUCUCUGCAUUUCGUUAAGAGCAUGUCCCUUGUUCUGCUAUGCAAAAGCUGUUUCUUUUACUGAUUGCCUUGCUCGACUGAUUUAUGUUUCUGGUAAUAUAGAUAACCACUUUGUAUGCUGAUGUGAUAUUUUGAGCUAGAAAUUUCACCUCAGUCAAGUAUAACCCCUGUCUCAUUGCCUCUUUGCCGAUGACACAGUCAUCUUUGGCGAAGCUUCAACUUCUUAAGCAGAGAAGAUCCUGGGGAUCCUCAACGACUAUGGAUCGAUAACAGGACAGGAGGUUAAUAGAGAAAAAUCCUCCUUCUUCUUCAGUCGCUGCCAGAUGAUGAAAAAGAAAGAAUCAUUCAGACGGUUGGAUUUGCGGAGUCGAAUUGCCACUCAAGCUACCUUGGCGUCCCUACUGAAUGAGGAAGAUCAAAGAAGGAAACUUUUCACUUCAUCAUUCAAAGAAUGGAAAGCAAAGGAGAAUCCUGGAAGAGUCUGCUUUUGUCACCAGGAGGUAAAGAAACACUCCUUAAGGCUGUUUUCCAAGCCUUACCUUCCUUCGUUAUGUGUCUUUUCCUUCUCCCACGAUCAACCACCAACAAAAUGGACUCCAUGCUCAAAAAUUUCUUCUGGGGAGGGAACAUUUCCAAGCGAUCAAUACACUGGAGAGCGGGACAUGUCCUUUAUGCACCUAAAGAGGAAGGGGGGUUGGGGUUCAGACCCUUUCGCAUCUUUAAUCUGGCCCUUCUUGCAAAGCAAGCGUGGCGUGUCCUUACCUGCCCAAAUUCUCUGUGGGUGAAAGUGCUAAAAAGCAUUUACUUCCCAAGAACGGAUUUCCUGUCAGCAAAAAAGGAAAGCAAAGCAUCUUGGAUCUGGGCCAGCCUCUGGGGAGUGAAGAACUGGAUGGAGAAGGGAGUGAUUUGAGUAAUCGGGAAUGGGGAAACAACGAGGAUGUUCCAGGAUCCCUGGCGCUUUGAUUGGCCAGGUCCCCUCACCCCUCGCAGACCUAAUGAUUCAUCAACGGCUGCCAUGUUCAUAGAUGCUAUCACAAGAGAAUGGAAUUUCGACCUCUUUGGGCAUUUCCUCGACCCUCAAGACCUCCUCAUUACAGCUGGCACACCUAUUGGACCUGCUACAAUGGCUGAUUUCUGGGCAUGGAGAUUUUCUAAGCAAGGUAAUUUCUCGGUAAAAUAUGCUUUUCACCUCAUUCACAAUCAAUCUCGCAGAUGCCAAGGAGUUGUUAACCCUUUCCCGGAAGCAACAAAAGAAAAAUGGAAGUGGCUUUGGAGCUUGUCUCUCCCUCCAAAGAUGAAGUUCUUCGUCUGGAGAUGUGCAAAGAAUGCUAUGGCCUCGAAAGAGAACCUGUUUGCGAGGAAAUGCUCUCCCACCAAAGCAUGUGCCCUCUGCAACUGCCCAUCUGAAUCAAUCCACCACUGCCUUUUCUCAUGCCCACACGCAGAGACAGGGUGGGUUUCCGAGUGGCCUGGACUGUGUCUCCCUCCUCCACUCACCAACAUGUUGGAUUGGCUGUUCUUCUUACAGUCUCGACUUUCAAGUCUCUCGAUCCAGCGAAUCAUUUUUCAGAUGUUG